AUGGCGGCAACUCCAACUCUCGGACGACGCUUUAGUCGAUCAUUGCCAGUCAUUACUGACUCUCUAUCCGACAGCCUGAACGAUCGACUGCUCUUUGCCGUACCCAAGAAAGGACGACUCAAUCAAGCAUGCCUGGAUCUACUAUCUGGCUCCGAUAUUCAAUUCCACAGGCACAACCGACUAGACUUGGCAUUGGUUAAGAACUUGCCUCUGGCACUUAUCUUCCUCCCUGCUGCAGACAUCCCAACAUUCGUCGGUGAAGGACGAGUCGAUCUUGGCAUUACGGGACGCGAUGUUGUUGCCGAGCAUGAAGCCACGGCGCCACCAACCGACACUACGGGCGUGGUAGAAGUCAUGGAUCUGGAGUUCGGGGGAUGCAAGUUGCAAGUCCAAGUACCAGAGAAGGGCGAAAUUCAGACUCCAGAGCAGCUAGUCGGCAAGAAUGUCGUGACAAGCUUCACAGCAUUAACCGAGCAAUAUUUUCGGAAACUGGAAUCCAACGACUCGCAGCAGACCAACGGAGUGAACGGCGACGCGAAACUCAAAACCAAUAUCAGAUUUGUUGGUGGCAGUGUGGAAGCAGCUUGUGCGCUUGGCGUAGCAGAUGGCAUUGUCGAUCUUGUGGAAUCCGGCGAAACAAUGCGAGCAGCAGGCCUAAAAGCCAUCGCCACAGUCAUCGACUCAACAGCAGUGUUGAUCCAAUCCAAACACCCAUCAGACCCAAAACUCAUCUCCCUCAUCGAAAGCCGUAUCCGUGGCGUCAUCACCGCACAAAAAUACGUCCUCUGCACCUACAACGUCGAGCGCGCAAAUCUCGACAAAGCGAGAAAAAUCACGCCAGGCAAACGUGCACCUACAGUUCAGAAUCUCGAAGAAGACGGCUGGGUUGCCGUGCAAGCGAUGGUGAAAAGGAAAGAAAUUGCGGUGGUCAUGGAUGAUUUGACGGAUUUGGGAGCUACGGAUAUUCUGGUUACGAAAUUGGAGAAUAGUCGGACGACUUAG